AUGGCAACCGACAGGAUGCCGGAUAGUCACUUUAUGGCCUCUAGCAAUGGUGGGGCCUGCUACCAAAACACUCAUGGUACUCCAAUCACUAUGGGGGUCCCCAACUUAGGUUGUCUUGUUGCUAGCAUAGGCAUUGCUCCGUCAAGCUCUCUUAUGCCGGAGAGGGGUCUGGCAACCGCUAAUUACAACUUGGUUGCUAACUUUCCAGAAGAUGCUGCCGUGGUGCCUCAACAACAGCAGUUGCAAGCUGCAUCUAGUAACAGCAACUCAGGGUUGAUCAAAGGAGGGUGGACAAGAGAAGAGGAUGAAGUUCUUAGACAGAUGGUGCGACACCAUGGAGAUCGCAAGUGGGCAGAGAUUGCAAAGAGCCUCCCCGGUCGGAUAGGGAAGCAGUGCCGCGAGAGAUGGACCAACCAUCUGCACCCGGACAUUAAGAAAGGCAUCUGGACAGAGGAAGAGGACAGGAAGCUGAUCAAAGCUCAUCAAACUUAUGGGAACCGUUGGUCAGCGAUUGCCAGGUCGCUCCCCGGCCGGUCGGAGAACACCGUCAAGAACCGCUGGAACGCGACCAAGCGAAGCCUAAACUCAAAGCGCCGACUGAGGAAGAAAAACAAUGAGCAAGCAGUGCCAAGGCAGCCUUCCCUCCUCGAAGAGUACAUCCGUAGCUGCCAGCACCCACUGCCCAAUGAGACAUAUGGCCAGCUGCCGGUGCAACCCCACGGGAUCAGCGCCCAGGUAGGCCCAAGCAACGUCGGCACCAGUGGCAGAACCGGCGGCAUGGACAACAAUGGCGUCAUCCAGAUGGCGUCUAACCAGUUCGUGAUGCCAUCUGAGGGUGGUGGCAUUCCUGACAUGGCCAGGUGGAUCAACUGA